AUGUUUAUAUUGACCGAGACGUCAAAUUCCUUGCGAGCGAUAUCGUCAUCUCUAGUUGUCAACGUGAAAGGCAAAAAGGUACUAUUGCUCGCACAAGGAAAAAGCAUUGCUGUUUACCUUUUCAAAGGAAAAGCAUUGGAGCUUGUAACAACGUGGAGCGUAGAGCACAAGAUACUAUCGUGGGCAAAGUUUAGCCACAAAUCCUUUGUGUAUGUGAUAUUACUUGAUUCCGCGUACAAAGUGAAGCUUCUAGAUCUCAGCCAGUUUAACCCGCAUGGAAACGAUAUAAACGCCCCAAUAAGAACCGCUGUCAAGCUUUCUACCCAGGGUCAACGCGAGUCUCCCAACCUCGACGCCCCAAUAAUUAUUCCUUUGAAGGAGAUUGACCCAGAGUACAUAAUAUUUCAUAUAUUCUACUCAAAUAUUCAAGUGUUUUCUGUCAAGGAGUUACUCUUGAAUUUUAAUAAGGCGGUAACUCCCACCACCUACAGCACUGGACAGAUCGAUAUCAAGCAAAUGGUGCAUUUGCCGAGAACCGUCUAUGAUAAACUGACCCGUGAAGGUACAAAGAGGACACUCGACAUCUGGUCGCUAGCCGUGCUCUACAAGGAUAUAACUUCAUCCUACUACGUUCGAUAUUUAGAUUUUUGUUCAAACACCUCCAGCCUAGUCGUGGCUAGACAGCUAGAUCUGUUUGCAGAAGAACCGUCGUUAAUACUACCUUGUGUCCAAAACCCAGGUGGCUUGAUUGUGCUUACUGGCUCCAGCAUGUUUUACUUUCCGCCUGAGCAAUAUAGGCAUAUAUCAAUAGAAAGACAGAUGAAGAAUGUACUCAUUUCAACUAAAACAGAUGAUGUCCACCUAAUCAUGACUUUGAAUAAACCAGGAAGGGGGAAACACAAGACGAUCUACAAGUGUUUUGAACUAAUUGAUUCGCAAAGAACACUUUUGACAACGGCGGAGGGUAAAUGUUUCAUGCUUUUUAUUGACCUCCUGGUUUCUACAAGUAGCAGCCUCAUAGUCAACCAAAUAAACUUUUUGGACCUUGAUUACAUCACUACACCUAUUUUCAAUGGGCUACAUCAUGUUGAUGGGAAUCAAUUCUUUCAAGCGUCGAAAACGUCGAAAUCUGUCCUUUUUGAAAUUUUACCUACAAGGCCCAAUAUCAAUAUACUAAAUUCGAUCGAAGGAAACCCGCCAGUAAUUGAUUUAAAAGAAACAUGCAAUAGCCUGGAACUAUUUGCUUGCCAAGGUGGAUGGGACGGUAGCCAGUUGAGAAGAUACACACUUCCAAGUUGUAAGUACCAGGUCAUGGGGAUUUCAAGAGUAUCCGAAAGCCCGUUGAAAUUCAUUGGUGAGUCAGAGGAUAGAUACAUAUUUGGAACUUCUACAGGCGAGAGUACUAACAUCAACGGGAGGGUCUUAAGAAAAGAUUUUACUGCGGUUACCAGUGUGGACCAUCUUGACGAGGAUGUUUUGCUGCUAUUAGAGACUGAAACAACCAAUAUCGCUUUGACUCGAAGUAAAUUACUUGCGAAUGGCAAUGUGAUAAUUGAACGUAGUAUAAAGCUUGGUACGAUCCUGCCCAAUGAGGGGAUAGUUUCAAUGGCAACCACUGAUAAUCAUCUUCAUGUUUAUUAUUUUUUGAGAAGUCCAAACGGAUUUCGGUUUUGCUACAUAUGCGACAUGUUUUUCGGAAAUGACGAUGAGAUUUCAAGCAUGGAUGUGUGUAACGAUAAAGGCACGUACUGGAUACUUUGUUCAUUUUUCUCAGGAAAAUACAAGAUAUGGAGGUCGAAUGGCGAGCGUCCGAAAUUGGUGUUUGAAGGAUCAUCAGAGCAAGCAGUCUUCUCAUCUUGUAUUUACACAGAGAGGUCAUUCAAUCAAGAAGAAGCGAUAUCGGUAUACAUUUUUUUCCUGUUUAUCAACGGUUUUGUCAAUCAGGUCCAACUUAGGAUGUCAAAUGAGACGUUAAUACCAACUAAAAGCACUUGCGAGAAAUUGUCUAAUAUUCCGUAUCUAUGGAGGAGAAGCAGAAGCAAUAUCUUGGGUUUCAAUUCAGAAGGAUUAGUGAUACCUAAAAAAGUUCACGCAUUGGAUCAGUUUGGAUAUACCAAAAUUGAGAGACCGCAUGUGGUUGAUGUUCGAUUUGAUAGUUACAGAGAGGAUGAUAGCCUGCUGGGUCGGGAGAAGCGUUGUUUCGGCAACGUAAUUGUUGCACUUGAUAAUGGAGAAGUUGAAAAAUGGGCAAUAGAGUUUGGAGAACUAGCUCGAUUACAAGAGUUUAGCUCAUUAUACUCAGAAAAGCUAUUCAUCAAAUGCUUACCACUAGGAACUACAAAUUAUGCAAUUGUUGUGGCAUAUGACACAACGAGUUCUCCUAAUGAGAUAAAAACGGAAUUAUUACUUGUUGAUUCCAUAAAUCUCGAGAUCUGUGAUGUUUUCAAAUUCCACGAUGAUACAGAGAUAGUAGACUUGUGCGAACUUACUGAACAUCAGCUAAAGUCUAUAAAAUUGGACACGUUUACAGGCUUCAUAUGUUUAUCAUCAUCUUCUGAUAAAUCACCUGUUGCUAUAUUCAAAGUUUUAAAUUCCCAAAUAAAGCUCAUUGAAAGGAUUCAUAUAUCUGGUAUGAAGAGCGCUAGCGAUUUGAAAUUCACGAGCAUUGCAAGCAGUCAAGGAUCCCCUUUGGCGAAUUACGUAGUAACGGGAAGUCUCAAUUUUCUUUGCAACCUCUGCUACUUGAAGGGGUUUCAACUCGCAGCAAUACCGCACGCUUUUAUGCCUGCAUCUUCACUCGGGGUGGCUCUGACAAUCGGCGAACACACAGUUAUCAUAGCCGAUGCCAUCGCAGGAAUCAAUUCGUAUGGGAGUGAUUCGUUCGAAUUGAGGGAUCUGGGUCUAUUAAAUUCUGCGGGUAAAUAUUUGACAACCAUAUCCCAGAAAGCACCUCCAAGCAGAAAGAACUUGCGUGUUGCGGGCUACACAUCCGGUGAUAUUUGUAUAUUCGAUGGAUCUGCUUCAAAAUUUGACCCACUAAUGGUGAAGUUUCUGAUUGAAGGUGAUCAAAUUAAUUCCAUAAUAGGCUCGGAAUGGGAAAUCAAAGAAGUCGCUAGACUAGCUAGGAUUGGCACUCUAAGCGGAGGCAUUUAUACUUUGAAUAUUAUUCUUGAUACGGCUUGGGAAGAGAUACUCCAAAACUGCGAACAAGAAUUAACCACUUACGCACGGAAGAACAAUCUUUCAACAAUUAGCGUUAAGGAGUUAGACCAUGAUAACUUCGGUCUUCUGAGAGCAGCUAGUGUAAUUGAUGGCAGAACUCUUCCUUCAUUUUUUGGUGACAGUAAAGCAGCAAUAGAUGAUAAAUUUCAAUCCUUGAAUGCGAAUCGAUCUAAGCUACAGGAGAUAUAUUCUCAAUGCUGUCUCUAG